GCGUUUAGUUCAUUGGCUCAAUUGGUGUGGCCAUGUGCUACGCUACGGUGAUAAUGCGGGGUUUGGGUGCACCAUCUGUCGCCAUACUGUCUAGUCUCCUCCGACGGAGGUCCGAAGGUAGUCAAUGUCAUGCAAGAUAAGAGACAGAGCAGCGCACGGCGUGUUGUCAGCGAUGUCAGUCAUUGCCCUGGCUCGUUGUUCUCAUAGGGAUAUAGAAGUCGUGUGGCCGUUUCAUUCCUGUUACUGCUUGACCUUUCUCAUUCUACUCGACCAGGAAAUGAAAGCGAGAUGUGUCAGGCGGUGGUCUGCAUUGAUGAAUGAGACUGCUGUACAUUACGCGCUUGACGAUGUCGUGUGGUCUCAGCAGCUAGACACAGGCUGCAGUCUAGAAAAGUCAUCGCGACUCCAUCAUGUCGAGGCCCAGGUACAAGACCCUGGGUGCAAGACAGUGGCUGCCUGGAGAUUCAGGCGCAAAGCGGCUGAGAUUAAGCCUUUCGCAACCCUUGCCGGUUCUGGAAAUGCAUGCGGGUGAAUCAGAUGCCGUCCGUGACACCUGCCCAAUCGGGAGAAUCCAGCACCAGCCCAGCUACCGAGCUCAUCUUUCCAGCAUCGCCACGAAUCUUGGUGCAAGCUCGCAAUACUGACUGUAUGGAGUCAUGUCGAGGUGGUUUG